GCACCGCGAGCUAUAUAUGGAAUGGUGUAACGUGUUGCUGAAGACGGGGAUUGGAUGGGAAGGGAGGGGGGACUCUUGGUGUAUCCAACGGGAGCAAGAUCUCGGAGUCAGGGUGGGACUGCCGAACGGUACAGUCUCUCUUCCGUCGAACCAACAAGCAUAGCAAUGGCGGAUAAGGAAAAGAAGAUCAAGAAGAAGAAGGUAAAGGAAGAUGCACCGGCUGAAGAGCCAGCAGCUGCCGCCCCAGAAAGGCAAUCUUCCCGCGGAAGCCGCAAGGCCAAACGCACUGGAUCCAACGUCUUCUCCAUGUUCACACAGAAGCAGGUCGCUGAAUUCAAAGAGGCCUUCCAGCUGAUCGACCACGACAAGGACGGUAUCAUCGGCAAGAACGACCUUCGCGCCACCUUCGACUCCCUCGGCAAGCUCGCUUCCGAGAAGGAACUCGACGAGAUGGUUGGCGAAGCCUCUGGCCCAAUCAACUUCACACAGCUCCUCACCCUCUUCGCCAACCGCAUGUCCGGUGGCUCUGAUGACGACGAUGUUGUCAUCAACGCCUUCAAGACCUUCGACAAAGACGGCAAGAUCGACUCAGAAAAGCUAAGGCACGCACUAAUGACCUGGGGUGACAAGUUCUCCGCGGACGAGGUCGACGAGGCCUAUGACCAAAUGGAGAUCGACGACAAAGGCUUCAUCGAUACCACGAAGCUCAUCACCAUGUUAACAGCCAGCGCUGAGGAGGAGGAAGGCGGCGAGGCCGCGUAAUCUAAUUCCAACCAUUGAAGAGCAUCAAGUGAAGUGGCUUCCACCCGGCCCAAGGUUCCAGGAUUAAACGCCUCGUGAAUCUGA